AUGACUAGAAAGAAGGUGAAGCUUGCUUUCAUAGCGAACGAUUCUGCUAGAAAAGCCACAUACAAGAAAAGAAAGAAGGGUCUGAUCAAGAAGAUCGACGAACUCACCACUCUCUGCGGAAUCGAGGCCUGUGCGAUAGUCUACAGUCCGUACGAUUCUCAGCCGGAGGUUUGGCCGUCGCCGUUUGGGGUCCAGCGCGUGCUUUCUAAGUUCAGGAGGAUGCCGGAGCUGGAGCAAAGCAAGAAGAUGGUGAACCAGGAAGGGUUUCUGAAGCAGAGGAUUCUGAAGGCGAAGGAGCAGUUGAAGAAGCAGAGGAAGGACAACAGGGAGAAGGAGAUGACUCAGAUCAUGUAUCAGUAUCUCAGCGCAGGGAAAGUCCUGCAUAAUAUGACGAUGAUCGAUCUCAACGAUUUGGCGUGGCUGGUCGAGCAGAAUCUGAAGGACGUGAAUCGGAGAAUCGAGACGCUGGACAAGAGGGCUCAGAGUCAGAGGGCGACCGACGUGGCGGCCAUUGCGGCUGCUGAUGCGGCAGCGAGGAGCCGAGAUAAGGCGAAGGUGGAGCACGUGGAUGGGAUGGAGGUGGCCGGCGGAGACGCCAUGCCGAAGCAGCAGUGGUAUAUGGACAUGAUGAAUGGUGGCGCCGAUGAAACGCUGCCGUUUGGGGACGUGGGUCAGUCCAAUGCGUUUUGGCACAAUCACUAUUUCCCUUGAAG